CCGCAGUGAAUGAAUUGGACAUGCAGUAUCUGCGCCCUCUAGUUACUCCGUCAUGCGCUCACUUGCUGGACUGAUCGCUGUAAUAGUGACGGCGACAUUUUACCUUUAUUUAUUGUCCUCCUAUCUCCCCCCUGGACCUCAGCUGCCUAAACAGGACCAUGAAGAAGACACGGCAAAAUUUAAUGGUGAAGACAGCCAAAGUGAAAUGGAGACUGCAGCCUCCAGGUUGAAGUUCCCAUCAGACCUGGAAGAGCUGAAAGAGAUGGCGGAGCUGUUGCAGUUUUAUAAAACAGAGCACACAGGAUAUGUGCUGUUAAUCUUCUGCAGUGCCUACCUCUACAAGCAGGCUUUUGCCAUACCCGGUUCCUCUUUUUUAAACAUCUUGGCUGGGGCCUUGUUUGGGACGUGGCAUGGUCUUCUUCUCGCCUGUGUCCUCACCACAGUAGGUGCCACUCUCUGUUUCCUCCUGUCCCAGGCGUUUGGCAAGCAGCACAUUGUGAGACUAUUCCCUGACAAGGUGGCCAUGCUGCAGAAGAAGGUCGAGGAAAACAGAAGUAGCUUGUUCUUUUUUCUGCUGUUCCUGAGAUUCUUUCCCAUGAGUCCAAACUGGUUCUUAAACAUGACCUCCCCAAUACUGAAUAUUCCUGUCACUCUUUUCUUCAUGGCUGUCUUCAUUGGCCUGAUGCCGUACAACUUCAUCUGCGUCCAGACGGGUUCAAUGCUGUCUCAUAUCUCCUCUCUGGAUGACUUGUUCUCCUGGAGUGUGGUGUUGAAACUGCUCCUUAUUGCUUGUGUCGCCCUGCUGCCUGGAGCUCUGAUCCGUAAAUACAGCACUCGGCAUCUCCAUCUGGAUGGCCUCGAAUCAAAUGGACUCAGGCAAGACAAGAAGAACCGAUAAGCGGCAGUGUUGGGUCAUUGAUCCAAUCCCACUUGGAUAAAAAGUGCUUUUUAAGAGCUCUAUUUUUUUUUUUGUGGCCUAACAUAUUUCAAAAUGGAAGUGUAAUUUUUACAUACUCUUUACUUGGAAGGCUGCCGUGUCUUUUUUGGCACAGAUCGUAAUGUAUGUGAGAGAAAGGACCUUUUUGCUGCCUUUUGGGUUGUUCUUUUGGGUCUAUUUAUAAUAUUGUUGGUCUGGAAUUCUGAAAUCAGAGUUUACUAUACAUACUGUACAUUUAUUCUGACGCAAAUCAGCUGUCCAUAACAGGAUUUUGUGAAGACGUGGAAUCUUGCAGCAAAGUAUUUGAGGUAUUCUUUUAGUACAAACUGUAAUGUUAUUAUUGAUAUUGUGGAUUUUGGUUGUAGGUUACUGUUGUGGAAAUUUUACACAAGCCUUAAAAAGUGAACUACCUCACUGAGUGAGAAAAUAUUAAAUAUUUUACCAUGUUGGAGUACUUGUAAAUAUUAAAAUUUAACAUCAAGUUGUAAAUAUUCACAAUGAGUUUUUUGUCUAUAUGGGGAGGCAGACAUCCAAGAUGUAAAGUCAUGCCUGGAAACUGAAAGCCCAUCCAACUUGGUAGUGUUUAAAUGGUGAAUUAAAGUAAAUUCUUUUCUAUGUGCCAGUGCCAAUAGCAACGCUGUGAGCAGAAUGCACUAUUUUUAUUCACCAAACACCCACAUCAUGUGAGUAAAGCUGUUUAUGAUGUGAUCAGUCAUCUGUCAAUAAACUCAUUCCAUUA